GUUCUCCGUGUUGUGUGUGUGAGAGUGUGAGAGAGUGUGAGAGUGUGUGUGUGAGUGUGAGAGAGUGUGAGAGUGUGUGUGUGUGUUUGUUGAUUAAACCAUGGCGAUGUUUCUCCGAGAUUUGUGUCUUUUCUGUGUUUUUAGCUUCGUGUCGCUGCAGUAUGUCCCUCCGUACACGGAGGAGUGUCGGACGGGGAUGUACCCACCCAACGGCCCCACAUUUAAAGGUGACGUCGCUUGGUACACCGUCAACCUCGACUUGCCCCCGAGCAAGAGAUGGACAGAAAUCAUCACGGAUAAGAAGACUGAUCUGAUCAGCAUGGCCCAGGCCAUCAGAGACCUGGAAGACGACUUCGUCCCUAGCGGACGUCUCGCGGAGCUCGUUGACAAGGUUCUGCCCUUGAUGAUUGACACGCUCCCGUAUCCUUUUAACGAAGAAAUGAAAGGAAUCGCGGCAGCGUCCGGACUUCCUUUAGGCGAUGUCAUUCUUUUCAACAUUUUCUACGAGGUUUUCACCGUGUGCACUUCGCUGGUCGCCGAAGAUCCUGACGGAAACCUCAUUCAUGCUCGGAAUAUGGACUUCGGACUUUUUAUGGGUUGGGACAUGAAGAACCGGUCGUGGGUGAUCACGGAGAAGCUGAAGCCUAUCGUGGUGAACGUGGAUUUCAGGAGGAACAACAACACCGUGUUCAAAUCCACAAACUUCGCCGGAUACGUGGGCAUGCUCACCGGCAUCCAGCCUAACGUGUUCACCCUCACCAUGAACGAGAGAUUCAGCUUGGAUGGAGGCUACAUCGGAAUUCUGGAGUGGAUCCUGGGGAAAAGAGACGGCAUGUGGAUGAGCUUCCUGACUCGCGCCGUCCUAGAAAACGCCACUAGCUAUGCCGAAGCUAAGAAGCUGCUGUCCGACACCAAGCUGUUGGCUCCUGCUUACUUUAUUCUGGGAGGCAACCAGAGCGGCGAGGCGUGCGUCAUCACCCGCGCCCGAACACAAAACCUCAACCCUCUGGAGCUGGAUGUUAAGCAGGGCCGUUGGUACGUGUUGGAGACGAACUACGACCACUGGAAGGCGCCACUGUUCCUCGACGAUCGCAGAACUCCGGCGAUGAAGUGCAUGAAUAAGACCACGCAGGCCAAUAUCUCCGUAAAGACGGUCUACGACGUCCUGUCCACUAAGCCGGUCUUAAAUAAAUUAACUACAUACACUACACUCAUGGAGGUAUCUAAGGGGACGUUGGAAUCGUUUAUCCGAGACUGUCCGAGCCCCUGCAUGCCGUGGUAAAAGCCGACGCCCGUCUCUCGGACUCGACGUCUCUCCAGAACGUUCCUUUACACGAUGCAUGCACCUUAUUAAGACCGCUCAUUGGUGUUGCUUUAUAUCUUAGUAAUAUUUUACGAUUUAUUUGUUUGUCACGACGUAUCAUUUUUUCCGCAAAUUCGUUUCGUUUCAAUUCUAAUUUCGAAGUUAGUUCGUGCUCGACUGUACUAGUUUUAACUUGUUUUUAUCUUAAAAUGACGUGCGGAAUGUAAACAGGAAUAGAGUUUAUAAUUGAAUACGUUAUAACGUCAUGUUAAAGUGGAUUUAUGGGUACUCACGAAGGCUACUUUAACACUUGACGUUUUACGUGUAACUUUUAUCCACGUGAUGAGGGACGAAUGAAAAACUCCUCGAGGCGAUACUGUAGUGAAGGUUAGUUUGUUAGAAUCGAUCCGUUCCGAUUUCGUGGAAUUGUUUAUAAAUCAUGUGUUAGUGUGUGUGUGGGGUGUUUUUAGGUUUAGGGAUGUUGUAUUGUACUGAAUGUAUUCAUGUAGGGUUCCUAACAAAUCUGCUGCUACCCAAUACACACAAAAA